AUGGUGGUUCUCGCGAUCGCUAUUUUGAACAAGCUCGGCCGGCUACUGAUUUCUCGUCAGUUUCGUGAGAUGCAGCGGACCCGCGUCGAAGGUCUACUCGCCGCUUUUCCGAAACUUUUGGAAAACGAGAUGACACGGAGUGGGGAGAAUCGCCAACACACGUUCCUCGAGUCGGACACGGUUCGCUACGUAUACCAGCCAGUGGAAAAUCUCUAUGUGGUGUUAAUCACGAACAAGACGAGCAAUAUCGUCCAAGAUCUUGAGACGCUUCGUUUGGUCAGCAAGUUGCUCGCAGAGCUCAGCCCGAUCGUGGGAGUGAUCGAUGAAACCGCCGUAUACGAAGCAGCUUUCGACUUGAUCUUUGCCUUUGAUGAGGUCAUCGACUGGGGCGGCUACGCAGAGGCCGUGAACGUGCCUCAGAUUCGUCAGUAUCUCGAAAUGUAUAGCCACGAGGAGCGCUUAGCAAAAAUGAUCAAAGAGAGCAAAAUGCAUGAGGCGAAAGAGGAGAUGCGUCGAAAGGCGAAUCUCAUUGAGAAACAGAAGCAAGACCUUGCGAAACUGCCGCCCGAGAUACGACGCCUCAUGGGCCUUGAAGGGAGCUCAGUUUCGGCAGGCUCUGGCGCGCCUGCAGUGUCUACCGGUGCGUAUUCAACGGGGAAUAUGCGAGGAUUCGGGCCCCAAGACUUUUCUGGUGCUCUCGGAGGCAGCACUCUGCUUGGCGAUGUUGGACCUGCUCCGUCCUUGACGCUGGGCGCCACCAGAAUAGCAGCGGACCAGUCGGCAAGCAUCACGGUUUCAGCCGGAGGCCGGGGUCUGUCUCUCGGGAAGCCAAAGGCUCGCACCGAGGACUGGAUGGCGCACCUGCAUGCUGAGAGUGAAACAUCUUCCGCAGAUGCGCAACGCUCGCGCGUUACUCCCGAUCAUACGGAGCCUACAGCGUCGCAACGAGCUGCGAAGACAGUCCCGUCCGAAUCCGCCACUCGAGCGGUUGCAACAUCUUCAAUCCCUGCGUCUGAUUUCCAUCUAACGACCGAGGAGAAGCUGAGUAUAUCACUCACUCGUGACGGUCGACUCGAGAGCUUUCAAGUACACGGCGAGCUUCUCCUUCAGAUACGCGAUCAAAAGCGGGCACACGCUCGCAUCCGGCUGAAACCGCUUCCGGAAUCGAUGAUGCAAAAGGUGCAGCUGCGACUGCAUCCGAUGUUGGAUCGUUCGCUUUGGCAACAGUCGUGGGUGCUCGCACAACGCAACGCGGAGCGCCCGUUUCCCUAUGGUAGCCCGACGCCAAUGAGCCUGAUCAAGUGGCGUUUUCAGUCCACUGAUGAGAGUCUGCUGCCUGUGCUUCUGACCUGUUGGCCAACAGUCUCCAGUGAUGAGACGUCGAUGACGAUCGAGUAUGAGAUGAUGUCUCGCGCAUCGGUUUCCUCAGACUUGUGUCCUCCGUCAUCGCUGUCUUCCGUGCAGGUGCACGUACCGUUGCCGCGAACAGCAGUACAGCCUGGAUUCUUCCAGUUGACACGUGUGGACGGCCGUGCAACGCUGGAUGAAGCCGCCGCUGCCGUGCUUUGGACGUUGCCUCCGCUGGAGGCGCCCUGUAGCGGUGCGCUAGAGUUUACGAUUGCAGCUGUAGAAAAUCCCGAGCGUAUGUUUCCGAUUCAAAUACAGAUAUCGGCCACAGAGGUUUAUACGAAGCUUGAAAUUUUGCGGGUGGAGGUGGCGACAUCCCCAGAGUCGGUGCCAACGGAGGAGACGGCGUUCACGCAGGAGCAUCGCCUGCUCACCGAUCGAUUCGAGAUUGUAUGA